AUGGAAAAAAGCCAUUUUCCAAUGCAGAUGUUAACGCAUCAGACAUGCAAGCAGAAACUAUGCGUCAAGUGUGGUAAAGACCACGGCCCAAUUAAAGAAGGUAACAAGUGUGAACUAGAGAAAGCAGCGUUAAAAGAUAUUUUUUGCAUCAACUGCGGCCAAAAAGGUCACCCAGUGUCAUAUCCAGGAUGCCUAUACCUAAUUACAGCUCAAGAUCUUAAAAGACCAUUCGGCUGCCGAAAUGGAAAUCUUAUAAUCAAGCAGCUAGCUAUAAUCCUGAAAAUUUCCUUCCAUUACCAAGAACCAGGUUUGAAGAUAGACAAUCCUAUUGGAAUGAUACUCCUAACCAUAGGCCAGUGCAAAAAGAAAACCGUGACCAGUUUACCAAUCUCAACAGAGACAACCAGGACCUUGGCAAUAACUUCACACAAUGAGAAAGAUUGCUGA